AUGGCCAAGUCAAAGAAUCACUCAACUCAUCACCAAGAGCGUAAGAACCACCGUAACGGUAUUAAGAAGCCAGUCUCCAAGCCAAAGGACUCUCUUAAGCACGCUGGUGUUGACCCAAAGAUCUUACGUAACAUCCGUUUGUCCCGUAAGAACAACAAGCGUACCCCAUACGUCCGUGGUGACUUGCAAGUCCAAAAGCCACACCCAACUGCUGCCCCAAAGAAGUAA